AUGCCUUCUAUGACAAGUCCGGCCGAGGUGGUGCGCAAAGCCAUAGCGACACCAUCUUCCUGUUCGCCAACCACUACCACUACGCUACAGGCCCUUCUGGCGCCCUCACUAGAUGCGCAAUCGAAGCCUACCAAGACGCCGGCAAAGACAACAACUCGCAAACCACCAGUCACAAGAACAACGAGGACCAAGGCAGCCCCUGCUGCAGCCGCUGAUGCGACCUACACCUUGACUGUGCAAGAACGAUACAAACUGGCCACAGACGUUGUCAAUGUCUCGCUGAAAGUCUUGAACGAUGCGACAAAGACGUUAACAUCUUCGUCCUCGCAAUCCUCGACCACCAAGAAGCUGCUAUCGUCUGGCUUGAACACAGUCGCCGAAUGCGCCCGCAUUGCCUUCUCACAUCUUCGAUCUGCUCGUCCGUCAGGCGAUGAAUCUCUACAGCUCGAGGCAGGCAUGCUUGCCCUGUCCACGAAGCUGAUCGCCCUGGGCAUGGACACACUGGCCAUGAAAGAGCUGCGCAUACUCAAGACGUGUAUACAUCGGAAGUCUGAAGGAGUCAGUCCGGUUCCUGCGACGGAAAAGGAAACUCUGGCCACGCUAUUACACCUCGAAUGUCACACAUCUGAUGUCAAGCUUCUGUCGCUGGCUAUCUCGUACCAUAUGAGCGUCUUACGACUCGUUGUGAACUCGGGUCGACCCGCUACCAUUGAGGCUUCGGUUCCCCAUCUAUUACCAGACAAUCCUAUUUCUGCCACCGCACUCAUACUACGAUCUGUCGAUUUUUCAGAAGACAGGAACAAGGGGGCGAAGCAGCUGGACACCCUCUCAAAGCUCGUUUUGUCCAUGUGUCCAUCACACUCGACCUCGACAGAUCAUGCUGCUACAGAUUGCAAGACACACACCUCUCCAGAUGUCGCCCUCAAGCUUCAGACCACAGCGCUUCUUAUCCAGAUGAAGUGGUGGCCAAUGGCCAGACACAAAGCAAAUCUGCAGAGAGAGAUACAUGAACCAUUGGUUCGAUACCUGGAGGCAUACAGAAGGCGCGCUGAGGACAAAGGGUCGCAGGCUUACAAAGAGNCCAUUGACUGCGUGAGUGCUCUUGUUGAGCUGGACACACCCAGAAGUGUUACUACGCCUCUGCCUUCAAAUUUGUACAAGGCGUUGAGUGCGCUUGCAGAAUCUUUUGGUAUGCAAGACGAAGCCUUGCGAUACAACGACUUCAUGUCGUCAGCGUCAGAUAAUGUCUCGGGUACCAACGUGACAUUACUCUGUACACUUCGAGCCAUGGCUCUCUGCCUCGAUUGUGACCACGAUCCAGAUCUGGCCAUACUGCAACGCCAGAUCUCGUCUUGCAGGUCACAAGUGGAGACUGACUCUAAAUUAUCUACCGUCUCAGUUGACGAAAUGCUCAUGGAGCUUGCUAAAUUGCGCAAAACAACAGUCAAGCUUUUGACACAUGACAAGGAAACGGAGACUGAACCUGGACUUGAUGAGCGUACUCUGGUACUAUGUACAAUCAGCUUUCUCUGCACCGAAAUUCUUCUCCGGUCCUUCCAGAGUACCAGUGAUGGCAAGGCGUCUGAAAGUGUAGCGCCGAAAUUGAUCGUCUCUUUCGUCAGCUCGACUAUAUUCUGUUGCAAGUUGCUGGUCUCAUCCUGCGACCAUAUCGAGACUAUUCAGAGAGCUCUUCAGACGUGCGGUCGUCUGUUGGAUAAAGAGUCGAAGUCUGAAGCAGAACAUCUAGUGGUCAACCUCUCCAACUUGUAUUGGCGCUGCUUUCAACUCUUAUCGUCAAAGACCGGAGAGUCAUCGCAAGAAGCCUUGAAUUCUCUACAAGCAUCAAUUGACAUACUACGCAAUCGCGCAUCGAUUCAUCAGGAAGCUGGUUUUCUAGCAGCAAAAUUAGAGAAAUUUGGCAGCAUAGCUAAAUCAUGCUCUAUCUUUACCGAAGCCAUCGGCGUUCAGCUUCGCUCUGGCGUCUUGCAUGAUGUUGCACAGACUGCAAAUAUAAGGCCACUUUCCAUCAUAUUACAGUCGGAUCGAAAGGCACAAAUGAUGAGACGCAAUCUCUUCGAAUAUCAUACAUCUGCAGCCAAAGAUUCUGCAAGUGUUGCCUUCUUCGACGAUGACUCUAUGAACUCUUUGGAACGCGCGACUUUGCUUGAGAUCCAGCUAGCUUUCUUCGAAGAAGAUCUGUUCAAGCCAUCACAUCGUAAGAAAGUAGCAGUGGAUAUGCAGUGUUUAUGCACCAAACUUCUGGAAUUGUAUGACCAAGAUAACUUCCCACUCCGCCGAGGACGUGUAUGCGCUCGGAUCCUCGGAUACGCGAACGAAUUUCCAGGUCUCACCAACGACGAGACUACGGAGGCCAUCAUGGCUAGCAAGAUCUUGCACAAUUCAUUCAAUCAAGACGAUGGUUUAAAGACAUUCGCACCUUAUUUGGACAUAUCUCUCUCCUUGGCGCAAGCAUUUCAUGCACAAGAAACUUCCGUCGAAUUUGUCAGGACAACGAUGCAGAAGUUGACAUCUUUGCUAAAACCUUUAGAUUCGUGGGAAUCAAUCUUGAAGGAAGUCGAUGACGUGGAUACCUUGAUAUCGAGACUGCAGUUCGUAGCUUCCUUUCUGGCCGUCAAGGGUCAAGACGAUCCGCGCCUUGAAACACUCGAACUGCUUUCGCACCUCAACCAUUUAAGACCUACACUGGAACCAUCAUUCAUCUUGAGUACCUCGGCACAACUCGCUCUGCAAUAUCUGAGUUUGGGCUACUCCUCGGAGGCAUGUCGCAUCCUCGAGCGAGAAGUAGCUUUACUGACACAGCCUAACGUUUCAACUCUGGCGAAGCUCGAAUGGCAUAUUGCCCAGGCAGAAAUAUGGACAACACUAGGACAGGCUAAUCUUGCGGCCAAAUCGAUGGCAUCUGCAACUGAAUGUAUGCACUCGUUCCCCAAAGUGGACCAAGCAACAAAAGUUCAUGCUCAAAUUGUACGAGCACGAUUUGCUUUCGUAUGUUCUUUGUACUCAAGAAGCAUAGGACAAAUCAAGCAGGCUGUGGUUCAAGCAAAACGCUACGUGUUGUCAUGUCAGCAGACAAUGACUUUCUUGGAACUACAACAUGCUCCGCGAGAUAACGCCUUGCCCUCUAUCAGUUCACAGGAAGAGCUUGCCAAUGCGGUCGACAAGCUUUUCAUUACUGAAUCUGGUCAAGCAUCAGAGUCAGGGCCUGCUACCAUCCAAGGCGCUGCGUUCUCUGCCAUUGUGCCAGAUCUGCUCAAUAGCUUUNUACAUCUCUCAGAUACUUACGCGCACCAGGGAUUACGAACGGAAGCGUCCUACUAUCUUGAUCAAGCAGAUGCCUUAGUCGAUCGCGUUGGAGUGCCCGAGCUGCGUACCAAGAUCUUGGUUCAACGAGAAGCUCAAGCCUAUAUUGAAGGCAUCGAGACCGACAAUCAUGUUGAANAAAGUGACUUGAAAGAUUCCGUCGACUUGGUCAAACUGGGGAUCACACGUGGAGACAUUUUUGCGGCAGACGAAGAGAACUGGGAACAAGCACAGCAGGAGUACGAAAAAGCCGAAUCUAUGGCCAGUCGGCUCGCAAGCAAGCGGUCCAUCGAGACACCGGGAGCUUCGAAGGUUCAACCCAAAGGUGCUUCUACUCAAAAUGGUAAGCGAGUUGUGACCAGAACCCCUGCACCCAAAGUGCCACCAGCAAAGACGCCUAAGAAAGCCAAUACCAAGGCCAAAGCUACCGUUAUCACUACUGCCCCAAACCAGGAGGACGUCCCCAUAACCAGCUUGUGUGCAGCAGCGCUCAGGCAACGUGGUCUUCUGUUGAUCAACCAGGGCGAAACCGAUCUUGGCCUUGAGCUUUUAGAGCGGGCCGAAUCUAUGAAGUAUGACACAACUCAAGAAGUUCUGCAGCAACUGGCAAUGGCAGAAGGGCUGCUUCGUAAAUUUGGGGACGAACUGGCUCUGGACUUUACCUUCAAUGUCCUACCUGAGUCGACCAUAUCUUUCCCUGCACUUUCAAUCGCAACCAGCAAANAGACGUCAACACAAGCUUCGCUAUCGUCGACGCCAAUGUCUCUUGCGAAUGCUCCCACACCUAAANAGACCAGUCGGCAGAAACGUGCCGACGAUGAAUUUGCUCGUUUCCUCUGCGAAGCACAGGAACGCCUUGUCAAUAUGCAGCGCCGAUCUGCAAGCACAGCUGGCAUGUCGGUCUUCCAUCAGCUUUGCGGCUUGGGCUCAAAGGCUGUCUUGUUACUCUCAGCUCUCAAUGCUAGCAUGCCUCUUUCUGGGUCAUUGCAUCCUACACGUGCAGCUUGCUCUAUCGAAAUGUCUCGUAUCGAGGCGUUCUCCCGAGAGUUGGACACUAUAGAAGCUGAGAAGGAGUUUAACAGCCACGAAUUUGAUGAACAAUCAGUGACUCAAGGUUCCAAUAGUCAUCUCUCGGCAGCAAGAUUCCAGAAGGAAUACAUUGACAUCAUCCCUAACAGCUGGACUGCUGUGUCAGUGACAUUGAGCGAGGACCACAAUGAGCUUUACAUUGUACGAUAUCGAGCAAAUCAUGCACCUUUCUUACUACGUCUGCCGAUGACGCGUAACAAGAUGCAGGACAUUGAAGACGACGAGGAGUCUCCAACAUUCGAUUUCGAGUCUGGCAAGGCUGAACUACAGGAAAUAAUUGAACUUUCAAACUACAGCUGCAGUAAGCCUCCUAGUUCCAUGACGGCAGAAGCCAAGCAGAGCUGGUGGGACGAGCGAGAAGCGUUGGAUCUUCGCAUGCAAGAACUGAUUGUGAAUAUUGAGAACAUCUGGCUUGGUGGUUUCAAGGGUGUAUUGUCACAGCACCGCAAGGAUCCAGAGUUGUUGGCUCGUUUCAGGAAGUCGCUGGAUGGCAUUCUGGACCGCCACCUUCCUUCCAGGCAAGGUACGAAAAGCAAGACCAAGAAGCUUGUGCUCGAUUCCAACAUUGUCGAAUUGUUUGUCGGUCUGGGAGAUGACCAUGAUGGUGAAAUCGACAUGGACGAACAAGUGCUCGAUCUUCUCUACUUCGUCAUCGAUAUCCUCCAAUUCAACGGCGAGCGCAAUGCGUAUGACGAAGUCGAUUUUGAUGUCAUGGCGACCGAGACUAUGGAUGCUUUGAGGUCCUACCAUGAAACGGCCAACUCAAUUGAAUCUGAUCAAAACCAUCUCAUACUCAUCCUUGACAGGAAACUGCACGGCUUUCCUUGGGAGAGCUUGCCAUGUCUCCAGAAUGUCAGUGUGAGCAGAGUUGGCAGCAUGCUUACGCUUCGCGAACGUAUCCUUGCUAUGCGCCGUCAGAUGAAGGAUAGCACUGAAGAGAAAUACUUUGUUAACAAGCAGUCUGGAACGUUCAUUCUCAACCCUUCAGGGGAUCUGUCAAGGACACAGACUACCAUGUCGCCAUUGCUUGACUCGUUGUCGACGUCGUCACGCUCAUCUUGGCAAUCGACCAUCAACAAGGCUCCCUCGGAANAAGAAUUCGCAACGGCACUAUCAGACAAAAGCAUGCUACUAUACUUUGGCCAUGGCAGCGGCAAUCAAUACAUUCGCAAUCGCACCAUCAAGAAACUGGACAAUUGCGCCGAAGUCGUGUGGCUGAUGGGCUGUUCCAGCGGCACAGUAACCGAACAUGGCGACUAUGAACCCACAAGUGUGCCACUCAGCUACCUCGUCGCUGGCAAGCGACAAAAAGACAUUAAGGAUACGGAUGAGGAGACCAAGGCUCAGCGCAACGAAAACAGAGAAGGUCUUUGUAUGGCUGUUAUUGCAACACUCUGGGACGUCACAGAUAAAGACAUCGACCGGUUUGCCGUUAAGACAGGCGAGCAUUGGAGUUUAUGGUCUUCUGCCCCUACGCCUUCCCCGAUGGAACUCGCACCACCCAAAACACCACGCAAAAGAGGCAGAUCUGUGCCCAAAACACCUUCGAAGACGCCAUCACGCACACCAGGCGGAAGAAGUAGAAGUCGUCUUGUGAUGAGAGACGAAGAAGGGACCAGAAAGAAAAGUCUGGUGGAAGCAGUGAUGUUGAGUAGAGAUGCUUGUAACUUGAAGUAUUUGAACGGCGCAGCGACGGUUGUAUAUGGUGUUCCUGUAUACCUUGGCGAUUAG